AGACAUUCAGGAUACAUACAGGUAUUUCUUUCUUACGAUUAAUUUGCUCGACAGCGGAGUCCUGUUUUCUUGGCGCUAAGAGUUGCAUUCUACUGCCCGUACUUUACGACUAUCACGACCGUUGUUUUCUCUCCACAUUCCGCGGGAGAAUCUCGCAACUAAGGCACCAUGGCUUUCCCUAUUCCUACGCACUUGCCACGCAAGCGUGACAAUGAUGUUUCGACAAACCUAUUGUCCAAGAUGUCAGAUACCCCAUCCAAGUCUCUGACUUAUGAGGUGGCGUCGUCUUGGGUCACUGAACUGGACAACACGAUUCGCGAGACAAAGCGAAGGAUACAUGACCGUAUUCAAGCGGAUCUUCCUGCUUUCGAGAGUCAGCUUAUUUCUGCAAAAUCCGUGCAGGAACGUUUGCAACAGCUGAGCAGCAAUGUGGACGAGUUGAGCAAGUCAAUAUCGGAUGCCGAGUCAGGCUUGAUACCCAGACUUGUCAUGACCCUCACACAACAUGCGACGCUGGCGCAGGACGUGUCGGAUUCCGAUGUUAGAUUCAACGCUCUGUUACAUCUUUCUCAGUGUAAGAAGCAACUAGGCGAGCUCACCUCGUUGACGCAACAAGGCAAACUGCCCGAAGCUGUGCAAGCAAGUGAAGUUAUGGAUAGACUUCUUGCGGAAUGUCCGGAACCAUUAGACAGUGCGGAAGUAAUGCAUAACCUAAAGCGUACAGCCAGAGCUGCGAAGGAUCGUGCUCUUGAACAACUGAACGAAGCCUACUCGCGGUGUAUUGUCAUCUCUGCUGAGGAGUUCCUUAUCCGAACGUCCGUGCUAGUGAGACAGUCAGAUACGAUACUUACCCUCCCGUCGAUACUUUCCUCCAUUCCUCCGGCAUCCCUGUCCUCUCAUAUGAACACCCUCCGGAGAGACUUGACGAUGCUUUACAUCGACUUCAUUUGCAAGCAACCCGCAUCUAUCUCCGUGGCUUCGCACAGCGCUGCAGUGGCACCAUCAGAGUAUAAGUUGUCUAUUUUUCCGGCUCCCCCAACAACACAUAACCUCGUUUCGAGGAUCGAGAACCUUGCUGCUGUUCUGGACUUCCUACGUGACCAUCUUUUCCCUCAUCUACCCUAUUCGUCAUCGUUCGCGUUGUCGCUUUGCAAACCAAUCACCACGGCUCUCCUCAAUCAUCUUCUUGUUCCGUCUCUUCCUUCGUCUUUGGAUGCGCUUCCGUCAUUCCUCCAGCUUACACACCGAGCCGUGGAGUUCGAAAGGGAUUACAUUUGUGGCGUACUUGGAGAUACAUCACCUGAGAAGGACGUCAAGGCCUGGGCUGAUGCUGUCGGUACUCACUAUGAACGCAGGAGGAGAGUGGAUCUCCUGGAACGCGCGAGGGCGAUUAUCACUCGAGAGGACAACAUUAGUGAUGCCUUUCGAGUGGAGGUCAUUGUCGCGGAAGAAGCUUCCCCGAAGAAACACUUGAUGGAUGCCACUGUUGCACCUAAGACCGUUCCUCCCGUUGAGGAAGAAGCAUGGGACUUCGAAGAAGAGUCGUCUACUCAAGAUUUCUCAGAGGAAAAUGGUUGGGAUUUCGAGGAUGAUGUUGAGGCCAAACAGGAGACAACAGGAGGUUCAUCUGCGCUGAACGACAAUCCUCCACCUAACGAAGAAGAUCCUGCUGAUGCUUGGGGAUGGAAUGAUGAUGAUGAGCCUACACCUCCGGAUGAGAAGGAUGGAUCGACGGAUUCCUCUGCCUGGGAUGAUCCAUGGGGAGAUGAGCCUUCAGUACCCAAGCCUGCCGUCGUGGCUAAACCCGCUACAAGGUUGGAGAAGGUGUCAAACAAGGGGAAGAGCUCCGCCACUUCGUCUGCGGUACAAUCUCCAGUGCCAACAGCUGCACCCCCGCCUACACCGGCUAUGCCUUCUUUGGCGAAACAAGGCACCCGUGAUCUGGGGACCCCUCAGCAAUAUGCAGAAAAGGAAUCAUACCUCGUCUCUGGCCGCUCGCAGGAGCUCGUUACCUUGGUGGAGGAUGUCCUUCGCGAAGCUGCCGAAUUGGCAAAGUCAAAAAUACUUCCUUCGGACUCACAACGUUCGCCGGUUGGAAGCAUUCUAGGUCUGACAUCGUCCUUCAUUCUGGAUCUCUAUCGUGCUCUGUAUCCAGUUACCUUUUCUAACGCCCUGUCAACGUCGCCAAAGCGAGCUAUGUUCUUCUCAAAUGAUUGCCUCUGGUUGAGUGGAGAAGUCAAGCGGAUAUCAGCUCUUGGCUCUGUACCCUCACCGACGAAAGAGAAACUCAUCCAAGGCCAAGAGCGAUUAAAGGUACUCGAGGAGAGUUGGUUCGAAGAUGUCGUGGAUAAUCAAUGCCUCAAGGUGAACGAGAUCCUAGACGGAACUGAACGCUUCAGAGACACAGCAGACCAAGACAGAUAUGAUGAAUCUGAAAGCGCUAUGAAUGAGGUAUUGCAGGAUAUCCGUCACUUUGCCAGGGAGGUCAAGCCGGUCCUUACCAAGACCAAGUACUUCAAUGCAAUUGGCUCUAUUGUGGAUGCUGCAUUGUCUCGAGUUCUCAGUGAUAUACUUGCCCUGUCGGAUAUUCCUGAAGUGGAGUCGCACAAGCUCAGCGAGCUCUGUCGUAUUCUCAAUGCUCUCGAGUCGUUAUUCGUUGAGGAUUCUAAUCAUCCUUCGUUCGUUGUUGCGUAUGUCCCUUCGUGGCUGAAGUUCUCGUAUCUUUCCGAACUCCUGGAGGCAUCUAUUGCGGAUAUCUCAUACCUGUUCGAAGAAGGCGCACUGGUCGACUUUGAGAUCGAAGAGCUCGUGAAGUUGGUGAAGGCUCUCUUUGCUGAUACCCCACUCAGAGCCAACACCAUCAACAAGCUGAUGCAAGGUCAUCCUAUCCGGUCGUGACAUGUUCGGUGCUGGAUAUUUCUUGGUUAUUCUUGUAUACUUGUGGGACGGCAGGUAUUCUACUGAAGCACUUGCAGUUUAGUCGAAAUCAUAGCGAGUUGCGCAGUCUCAAGUCCCUCUACAGAAUAUUGAACAUUAAUUAGUAUGAGCGGUCCUUUGAGAAAGCUGUUUACUGCUAUUUUUUGGUCUCAUCAUUUAUAGGCUGCUCACACAACGAUCGCGUCUUGGCUUGGCAAUCGGGCGUCCUUUGUUCUUGCAGUAUCUUGUUAGGAUUGACGAAGUACUUUUUGCUUCUUGCACGUGUCGAAUCUCUACAGCGAGAGGGAGAUGGCGAUCAUUUUAACAGACUUCCUGAGUUUCUCAACGACCAUGCCUUUCUUGAAGACGUGAGUUCUAGACCUGCUCUAAAGCGUCUGACCAGUUACUUUUUCCUGUCUUCACAAGUUCCUUUCACCUGCCACAGCUCGAAAAGGCCUGCGGCAGCCAGAAGCGCAUCACAUUUGACGAUGAACGUCUCUUUGCCUCUACUUGUCUUCGUACGCAGUAUUGUGACCGCCUUCACUACCCACAACGCAUUUGCGAUAGGACCUUCCUUCAGUGAUCGAGAGCGAUUCUUAUGCCUAUACCGGCUAUAGGGAUGGAACACCGCCCGAUGGACAGCACAGCACAGUCUCUUCCGCGAUCCUGUGUGCAUGAGCUGGAUCGCCGAGAUCUGUAGUGCACAGCAUGCGCCGCGCAGAUAGAAUAUACUUCGUUCGAGACCUUUGCAUUCAUACUUACUGCGAUGAGGUCUGAAUCGAUGAUUUUGACCUUUUUGUAGUUUGGGGCAAGCCGGUUUUGCCUGUUCAACGUGACCAAGCCCACGGACGAGCUGUUAAAUCGCGCUUGUACUUUAUUUGACAUCGGUCCUUUGGAGUCCGACAGUUGUCUAGUAGGCUUUUGAUCUAAGUCCUAUAACUCGCCUU